CUCAUUGUGGCUUCGUCAUUGCCAUCAACAACCGACAACGAAGCAGUAGUCCGGCACAAGCAAAUAGCCCGUGGACAACUUGUACAAGGAUGUGCCUUUGCGAAUCACCGGAUACUGUGAUACUAUUGGGAUGUUGCUGCUUCGCCUUGAAUGUGGCUACCAUUAUUAAUACAUGCCUGACCCCGAUGGCGAAGGAAUUGGAUCCCACACUUCGCACUGUAUAUAGGGUGGUUGACAUUUCAUACGAUGCAGCAAGUAGUCUUCUUUCGGUUGGCUUGGCAUGGGGAGCCUAUCGUGUAAACCGUCCCCUCCUAGAAAAAGUUGUACUUGGGACCAAAAUAAGGCUUGUCGUUUUGGCCAUCUUGUUGGGGUUUCAGAUGUACAUUUUGUCGCAAAAGGAACAUCUGACUCUCUACCCUGGAUUAAGUGAGACUAUGACAUUUAAGUACCGCCGCGUGGGAAAUGACUCCUGGAGCAUGUCCCAGUAUAAGAGCCUGGACCCCGGAACUAUUGUGCAGGGCCCGAACUUGCCGCUGUUGGCUCUGAAAAAUCCGGCAGGCAAGGAUAAACAUAAAAAACCCAAGAAGAAAGGCGAGCUUGAUGAAGAGAUUGAAAAGAGAAUUGAAAAGAUUGCAGCACUGACGAUAAUUGCUACAGAAUGGAUAAUUGUGCUUUUUGUUGAGAUGUUCAUCGUAUACAGACUGGGUCUAUUCGUCGACAACUUACCCACGUAACUGCGGGAAGCCUUGUUCAGGGGCUGCCUCACACACAGUGCUGCACCAUCUCAUACCCGGCGCUAAAAUUCAAGAAUUCGCACCUCAACGAAUAUUUCAGGGGCGCGCAUCUCCCUUAUUGUUUCUUUUUGUAUGUGCUUCUUUGAACCGGGGGGGGGUAGUGUCAGUAUGCAAUGACGAGAGUAACUUAUACAGCCAUUUCUUAAAUGAACCUAGUAACUGUAAAGAAUACUCAGGAAUAUGCGUUACACUAUUUUCGGUAGAAUUCGAAUAUUAAUUAUUUACGCAGCAACGUCAAAGAAAAGCGCUCACCUAACAGAAGGAUGUCUUGCUGUAAUAAAAUGUUCCUAUCUAGA